CUGCUGGGCUUGGCUUUCUUGUGGAUACAUUCUUCUCCCUCAGCCUUGUUUACCUCUCCCUAGACCUGAGAUAAUUGGACAGUAGUGUCACCUUUAUCUUAUCUCAGGCUCUAUUAGGUGGCUUAACUCAGUCCAAGGUUCCAGUCAGGAGGCAUAUUCAGGGAGGGGUGGGCUUUAUACAGCUUUUUUAUAGAGUUUUGACGUAACGGGCAAAAAGUCCUUCAUAACAAUGCUUAAGCCAUUAACCAUAACAUUUCAGUCUCUCACACCAAGUUUCUGAGAAAAGUUCAGGAAAGCAGAUACAUAAUGGUAUUUGCUUGUUUUUCAGGGUAACAGAACUGAAUUUGUAAGGCCUUAGGUACUUACUGUUCUUAGAAAAGUUAGUAAGGAAGAAUUUCAGAAGUCUGUAAUCUGUCUUUUCAAAAAACUUUACUUUUGCUCUUGGUUCAAAAUAUUAAAUGGCAUAUUUUAGUUCUCUGAUUAUUGAACUCUGGAAAGUAUAUUAUAAUCUAGUCAGGUGAUACCUAGACCUUAAAGAGUGAAAAUCAAAAUUUCUUAAACAUUAGAUAACAAUUUGAUCUUUGUUUUAAAUAAGCAGCAUGUAUUUCAGGUAGUGAAGGAUUGUGCUGAAAAAGAGCUAUAAAGACUCAUUAAUAUUCAUCAUUAAUACCUAAAGCUAAACUUAGUCAGUGCUGAAAGAUUCUAAUUUGAGAGUGGAGCAAGUCAAAUAAGAUUGACGAUGAUAGUGUGUGUUAUCACUUUUAAUAGUGCUUUGAGUGUACCUGCAUGUAAUAAAGCCAGAAGUACAGUCUUUGUGUUAUAAUAACAUAGAGCUACAAUAAAGAUGAGAAUAUUUUUUAAGGUCUGUUUUCUCUUGUGUCCACUGAUUUGUUGUAUGGCUGUAAAACUGCAAACUCUUAAGUGGUAUAUCAGAAUAAGUACAAGUUUGCUUUGCAGUAGUGAAACAAAGGUAUAAAUUGCUGAAAUCCCAUGACCACCAGCAGGCAAGCAGAUUGAUUUUACUCUUUUCUCCUGCUGUUGAUUUACUUUGAUCCCAGAAGUUUAGAUUAACUAGACAGAUACUGCUGUCAAUUGCAGUUGUCAUACUGUUGAGAUAUAUGGUUACAGCUUGUAGUAUGGCUUUUUUAAGUUAUAAAAAGUAUUUCUUUAUACACUACAGUUAAUUAAUGUUUGGUAUGCUUGAGUUUUCAUGAGCAUCAGGAGACAAAUAUCCUGUUUUGUGGCUGCCCUUAAAGAGGAAGGCAGUAAUCUGGAGUUUUCACUAAAAUGUCAAAGUGCUAUAGGCAGUACUUUCACUAAAUCUAAAUUUUUGGAGGCCAAGUGUGUCCUCAGUUUGUAGUAGAUUGCUUGAUUAUUAUAUUCUUAGUUCCCAAAGGCAAUAAAACUAGGAUUUGGUUGCUAUAUCAGUUUUUCUACUAGCCUUGUUUUGCAGAGGUCAACCUCAAAUGAAGGUGAAAUAUUUUUAUUCCUAACUUUUGCAGUUGAUGGCAGAGAUGAGGGUUAGAAUCAUCUACCUUUGAAAGAUGCAUAAGUCUGCCUAUAUUUUAAAAACAGAAGAUUUAACUGGCUCUUUGGAAAUGCAUAUAGUGUGCAAAUGAAUGUAUUCAGCAGUCUAAAAUAGUUUUAUUUUUCUUGGAAGAGCAAAAUUUGGUUUAAGCAUAUUUCAGUAAUGCUUUUGGAUCAUGUUUUGAGGGCCUACUAUAUGCAUAUUGUUGCUAGUUAAUAAUCAGUAUUGGGCUUUGUAUGCAAUUUAAGCAAAGUUAAAGGUCUUGUUAUAGAAACGUCCCGUAAAGAUAUGAAAUACAGUUUUAAAAUGACUGUUGCCCAUCCUUCAGUGAUUUUUGUUCUGUUUAACAAAUGUGUUGUGAAAGUACAAACUGCUAACAAUGUUAUUAGCAUCAGAAUGAUACAAGAUCACCAUUACUAAAAAAGGGGAGCAGUUCUUCUGGAGUCUGCAAAAAUAAACUGUGCUAAUUACCAAAAUUGUUUUGUAGACCAAAACUUGGUCUUGCUUGUUUUACCCAUCUAGCUGUGGGUUUUUUGGGUUUUUUUUAAUACCCUGUAAGUGCUCAGAGGUUAAUUUUUUUGUUGGCCAAUUAAUUAAACUUGGUAAUAACCUGCACACAUAGUUUGGUUUCUGGUAAGUAUAUUGCUUUUCAGUAUUACUGUGUGAAUUUGGUUUGUGUGGCAGGGUUUUGGUAGCGGAGGGCCACGGGGUGGCUUAGGUGAGAAGCUGCCAGAAGCUUCUGUUAUGUCAGAUAGAGUCAGUGCCAGUUGGCUUUAAGAUGGAACUGCUGCUGGCCAAUCAGCAAUGGUUAUAGCACCUCUGUGUUAACAUAUUUAAGAAGGGGGGGGGGGAAACUGCUGCACAACAGCAGCUGGAAGAGAGGAGUGAAAAUGUGUGAGAGAAACAACUCUGUAGGCUCCGAGAUCAGUGGAGGAGGUGUUCCAGGUGAUGGAGAGGGGGCUGUGACCCUGAGGGAAGCCCAUGCUGGAGCAGGUUUGCUGGUAGGACUUGUGACCCUGUGGAGGACCCAUGCUGGAGCAGUCUGUUCCUGAAGGACUGCACUUCAUGGAAAGAAAAAGUUGAAGGGACCCACACUGAAGCAGCUUGUGAAGAACUGCAGCAUGUGGAAAGGACCCAUAUCAGAGACAUUAAUGGAAAACUGUUCUCUGUGGGAGGGACCCCACAUUGGAGCAGGGGAAGAAUGUGAGGAAGAAAGAACAGCAGAGACAUAUGUUCCUGACAAUGUUACUUAUCAAUACAAUUGAAGUAUUGAAUUAUAUAUUAACAUCCAUAUAGCCAUCUUUAAAAAUGCUGAUAUCACUUUUUGUGGGCAAGCAUUGAAAUGGCUCAGGAGACAAACCAGACCCCAGGGCCCAUGCUAUGUAGUACAGGAUGUGGAUUUUAUGGAAAUCCUAGAACAAAUGGCAUGUGUUCUGUUUGCUACAAAGAACAUCUUCAGCGACAGCAGAAUAGUGGUAGAAUCAGCCCAAUGGGUAAAGGGACAGCUAGUGGUUCAAACAGUCCUACCUUAGACUCUCCAUCUGUACAGAGAGCAGAUGCUAGUUUAGGCAACUGUGAAGGUACUGCUAGUAGCACAUCUGGAAAAUCAAGAAAUGUGCCUGUUGCUGCUUUGCCUGUAAUGCAGCAAAUGACAGACAUGAGCAUUUCAAGAGAGGAGAAAGUAUCACCAAAAACAGACAUCGAGCCAGUUAUUACUCAACCAAGCCCAUUAGUUUCUCAACCUAGUACUUCACAGAGUGAAGAGAAAGCUUCUGAACUGCCUAAACCAAAGAGGAACAGAUGUUUCACAUGCAGAAAGAAGGUUGGCCUUACGGGAUUUGAUUGCCGAUGUGGAAACUUAUUUUGUGGACUUCACCGUUAUUCUGACAAGCAUAACUGUCCAUAUGAUUACAAAGCGGAAGCUGCAGCAAAACUCAGGAAAGAGAAUCCAGUUGUGGUGGCUGAAAAAAUCCAGAGAAUAUAAGCUAGUCUAUUUGUGAAAAGACUGACUUUUUUUUGUUUUAUUUUAAUAUGCCCUAUGAAAGUAUUAAAGAGCAGAUGCAUGGCCAUUUUCCUUUGUUCUCCAAAGUUUUCAUUUUAGCCUUGUCUGUAUUAAUGUUUUUUCACAAUGUUUGGGUGUUUGUUACAGGCAGAAUUGGAAAGAUACAGUCCUUGAAAAUGUAUAUGCUCUCCUCAGAAUAUGAUUGGAUGGCUAGAACCUGCACAGGAAUACACAUCCACAGAAGACAGACUCCAGUUCACAUGUGCUAAACAGAUGUUUUCUUCAUGUUUGCAGCAGAUCUGCCUUUUGAGAUGUUCAAGGUGUUUAUGACUAGCCAAAGACUGUGCCUGUUUGGGAGAAAGAUAUGUCAGAAAGGCUGAUGGUCUACUUCUAUCUUUUUAAAAUCAUCUUCUACUUUUAGUUUCCAUGCUCUAUUGUAUUCCAGCAGAAUAUAAGACAUGUAGAGGGCUCUACCAUCCAGUAAGAUGAGUGUUGGUGCCAUAUUUGAUAAAAAAUCAUUUAGCAAUUGCAAUGAGAAAAAUGAAAAAAAAAUAGAUAUGUAUGAGAAGAAAACUAUUUUAGAAGAGAUAACAUUAACUUUAGAAUAAUGAAAAUUAUAAUAAUUUCCCAAAGGCAAUGUCCUGUUAGAAACUUAAGAACUGUCCUACAACAAUUGUUUGCUUUUCCUUGCAUAGCUAAUAAUGUUAUGUAGCACAAUAUUGUGCUAAGAUUGAUUUAAAAAACAAAAGCUAUGGGUGGGAUUUUUAGACAUACCACAGCAACUCUAUCAAGUGACAUGCAUCUGUGUAAGUUGCAGAAGUAUUUGAGCAAUUUAUUAUUCAUGUGCUUCUUAAAUUCAGCAUGUUCUGGGUUCAAAAGACUAUUAGGACCUUUUUUUCAGUUUAAAGAAAACAAGUUUUAAAUGUAACAAUUGUUGUGUAUGGGAAUCAUACCCAACAUGACUCUUGUAGAUUUAAGUGGGAGCUAGAACCACUCUUGGAAGGCUGCUUUAUCAUUUUUAAUUGUAUUUGGGUGUAGGACUGUAGUGUUCUUGGGUGUAUUGCAUGGGCUCCAUUAUCUACAGCUUUGUAUAAUAACUAGAAAGGACAGUAUAGUUCACUGAUGCUUGUCUGGUAAUAUCAUUUCUGUGUUAUAAUGGAAGGGGGUUUUGUGAUGUAUGAAACUUGUGGUUUUUUAUAUAAUCGAGUAUAGUGUAGACUAGUGUUGUAAUGCCUCCUCGUGUAUGUACACAAGAUGCAACUUAUGAUUUUUAUUGAAGUGUUCAAUCUUAGUUUUUUAGUUCACUAUUAAAAAUCAAUCUUUUGCUUUUAAUUUAUUCUUUCAAUUUAGUUAUCAGAUAUGCAAGCAUGUACAGAUCGUUCGUACUUAGGUAUUGCACAUAAUCACACUAUCCAGCAUCUAUGCUCUGCUGUAUUAUGUAAAUAAUAAAAAUCAUGUACAGAAGGAAA